CGGCGCGGCUGCCCCCACCCACCCCUCCAGUCCAGUUGUCCUGUCCGGCCACCUCGCCCCAAGACGGGCUGACCCACCGUCGGCUGUUCCGGAUCCGUGACCCUUAUCCUUUUUUAUAUAAUCAGCAAGUCCUUCCCCUCCCAACCACAUAUCACUAAGGAAGGUACAGCCCACGGACUGCUUUCUGACUCAGCAGUGUAGUUAAAGUGAUUCUGCAGUUGUUAAGGAAGAGAAUAAAAGCUGGUGAUUUCUGAUCUACUCUCCAGGAUCUAGCAGAAGAAGCUAAGUUUCACUCAAAUUUCCACUUCCAUAGCCUGAUAUAAGCAUUCCUAAUGGCUAAUGAGGCUCAACCUUGCCCAUGUGAGAUUGGACAUAAGAUUGAAUAUGGCGGCCUGGGACAUGAAGUGCAAAUUGAGCACAUCAAGGCUUACAUUAGCCAACCACCAUCUAACACAGACAAAGCUGUGAUUGUUGUUCAAGAUAUUUUUGGCUGGCAGAUGCCCAACACCAGAUAUAUGGUUGAUAUGAUUGCAGCCAAUGGAUACAUAGCAAUCUGCCCAGACUUCUUUGCAGGGAAAGAACCUUGGCACCCAUCUGAUGACUGGUCUACCUUCCAGGAAUGGCUGAAAACAAGAAAUGCUAGAAAUACUGAUAAAGAGGCUAAUGUUGUUCUUAAGUAUCUGAAAGAGAAGUGUCAUGCCCAGAGAAUUGGUAUUGUUGGAUUCUGCUGGGGUGGAAUUGUUGUACAUGAUUUAAUGAUGAAAUAUCCAGAAUUAAAAGCAGGAGUCUCGGUCUAUGGCAUUGUCAGAGAUUCUGAAGAUGUAUAUAGUUUGAAGAAUCCUACACUCUUUAUUUUUGCAGAGAAUGAUGCUGUAAUUCCUCUUGAGCAAGUCACUUUGCUGACACAGAAGCUGAAAGAACACUGCAAAGUUGAUUAUCAAACUAAAAUAUUUCCUGGGCAAACUCAUGGGUUUGUGCAUCGCCAGAGAGAAGAUUGGAACCCUAAAGAUAAACCAUAUAUUGAAGAAGCAAGGAAGGAUCUAAUCAACUGGCUGAACAAGUAUAUUUAGCCAGAAUUGUCACGGGGCUGCGCCCUGCCUAUUGGAGUCCUGGCUUCUUAAGCAGGAAGCUGAGGGUCACAGUCUGUUGUGUGAAAGCAAGGAAGUCUUAACUGACCUCUCCUCUGUGGACACGAAGCAAUCAUGGCUGGUUCGGCUCUCCUCUGAAUGGCUAAGCUUUCCCGUGCACAUCCUGUGCACGUCCCUGACACGAGGCCUGCAACGAUGGGAUCUACUGACUGGCUGACGGGCUCUGAUCACAUGAUCCCAAGGUGCCUUGAGGGCUAUACAGGCCACACCCAGCUAAAAGUAAACAGGAGCUUCCGCUA